GUCACAUGGUCCGGUAUUUUCAAAAUGGCGCAGAUUGGAAAUGAUGAUGAUGCGAUAAAGAGAAGAUUAUUUAACGAAGGUGACAGUGGUGCGGAUGAACGACGAAUCAAUACUUUAAUCAGAACUUAUGGAAGAUGGCUUGAUUUAAAACCAGGAGAAGAGAGGGAUUUAUUGUUUGAAAGAAUUCUUUGCCAAUUAAGUCAAUGUCGGAACGCUAUGGAAAAAACUCAGCUAGUUCACGAAAUGAAUUUAUUGGAGCAGGAAAAUUAUGAAAACUUAAACUCAGAAAUAGAGCAAGCAAUUAUGUUAUCAAAGAAGAAUAUUGCUGAUGCUAAAAAAGAUUUACAGUAUGCUAGGACAAUAAGAAGAAAUAGACAAGAAUAUGAUGCCCUAGCUAAAAUUAUAAAAGAGCACCCUGAAAGAAAGACGACUGAAAGCAAAAUCUCCGAAUUAAAAGAAGAAUUAGGUCAACUAAAUGAAUCUAGACGGUGUCUAAGAGAUAAGUUGGAAUUGAGGAAAAAGCAAUUGACUGCCAUUGUUACAACAAUUCACGAAAUGCAAAGAACUUUAAGGGAGGAGGAGAAUAUAGAAGCAAAUUCAAAACUAGCUGUAGAGGAUGGCGAGAUGGACACAUCUUGA